CGUACAAGCAAGUGUACCACACCAAGGCCUCCUUUUGAGCGCCUUAACCGUCCGCAUUGUCAUCGCUGGUGACGCAAAACACACACUGAUGCCGCCGCCCUGGAAGGUAGUUGCCGCCAGUGCCGCCGCCUGCGCGCUCGCCGUAUGGCUCCUCGUCGACGACGACGAAAACGAGGACGACGAGAACGCGCGGCAGCUCUGUGAGCUCUGCCUCGACAGACCCGAGGAUGAGGAAACGGACAUGACCUUCGGGCUCUGCUACCAGUGCGGCCGUAUGCACUGUUCCACUUGUCGCAAGAAGAUGAUGAUGGCACAAAUGCAAAAGGUCCAACUCAACGAGCCAAAAAUGUUCGGCGCCAAGUGCCCCUGGUGCCGCUCGCCGAUGGAGUCGGCGACGCCUCGUUAUUUAUUACUACGGGAAUUACUCGAGCGGAGGCCGAAGGGACGCCACGUCAAGCACUGCUUGUUCGAAUGCGCGGUCAUGCGGGAAAUUGGGCUAGGAUGCAACAAGGAUAUGGCCGACGCGAUCAAAAUGCACGAGCAGGCCGCGGCGAGGGGCCAUGGCCAGGCCUGUUACCGACUCGGGGGCUUCUACGACGACGGCAUCGGCGUCGAGCGGGACCCGGCGGCCGCGCUCCGGUGGUACGAACGCGGGCGCGAGCUGGGCGAUCCGAACGCGACGGGCUGUUGUGCCUCGGAGGCCACGCGGCACUUUUGUGCUGUGGCCCGCGCCGAGACCAGAAAACGAGUCGCGUCGCGGCCGUGGGAGCGGACGCCCGAGGACCUCGCCAUGGCUGGACUCAUCCAGAUGGAGGAUCCCGAGGACGAUGAACUAGAAACGUAACGUUGUGAUGACAUUUACGAAUUAGGCGCCGCCGCCAGAGCGAGGGGGGGGGCGCAAGCAAGAGAGAACUACCGACGGCGCUUCGCCGGCGCGGGCGCGCGCGCCGGCUCGCCCUCGACCUCGACGCGCGGCAGCCGCCCCGGCGAGUCGCCCCUUCUUUUACGAUGCAAGCGCGGCAAGACCCAGCGCUCCACGGCAGAAAGAGCAUCCCCAAAACCGAAGGGCUUGGAUAUGACGUCGUCGAACGCGAGCGCGAUCGCGUCGUCGUCGUCGUCCAGAUCUUGCAAAGCCGCCCGAGAAUCGUCGUCGUCGUCCUCGAACUCCUCGCGCGGGAGAGCGGCUGCGGUGACGGCGACGACCGGGGCCGUGGCGCCCGCCGCCCUUAAACGACGCGCCGCGGCGCAUCCACCCAUAAUCGGCAUCGCCAGAUCCAGCAAGCACAGUACCACGCACCGCUUCCGGUUCUUGGCGUCGUCGUGGACCGCUUGGCAGGCUUGUUGGCCGUCGCAGGCCUCUUCCACCAAGACGUCGCCGGCGCAGCCCAAGGACGUUAAAGCUCGUUCCAACGCUCGGACGUGCAAUUUUCUUGCAACUGCGGAGUCAUCAACAACGAGGACACAAGGCGUCCGCGGCGUCUCGGACGUCUGCCUAUCCAAGAGUUGAUCUAAAGCUUUCGCUCGUUCUCUUCGUUCCGCGUGGAGAAGCAUGAGUAAACCGCGCAACCCACCGGCUCGGAGACUAGCGCCGACGCCUUCUGCUAGCUUCAAAGCGGAAGUGACGGGCUUCGUGCCACUCACCGCACAAGGGCCAUGAGGCAGCGCGUGCGCCCACAGUAAUUCAUGUGCUAAAGAUGAGGUAACGGGCCCGCCGAUGGUCCGCAUCGACGUCCUUGGACGCGCGUCGUCGUCGGAGGGCGCUUGCACAGCUACCACCGAGACACCUUGCAAGCCCGCGGCCGCGGUAAUUGCGGCACCAACAUCCCCUCCAUCGCACAGUACUAAACGAAACCGAGGCCCACUUCUCUCGUCCAUCCGUCGUCGACACGACGACGCGUUGGAGAAGCCCUCCACCGCUAAAGCUCGCGCGAUGUUGGCACCAAUUGACCGCGCGGCAUCUCUCAAAACCUCGACGCACUUUUUUCGUCGUUCCGGAUCAGAAUCCAACACGGCGACUCCCACAACACCGCCCGACAGCCGCCCGUCGGACCGCCGCAACGACGUGACGGAGGCCCACGCCCGCGACUCGCCGAUCCGCAUCUGACCGAACUGAGGGGACGGCGGCGCGGAGCCUUCGCUCGACGCGCGCGGUCUCGACGGAGGUCGCGGCGCGUCGGGCUCCGGCGAGAGGAAGGCGAAGGUGCCCGCCGGUGGCGCGGAUUCGCGCGGCGGCGGCGGCAGGCCGCCGGGCCGCCCGAAGUCCGCCGGGGCCGCGUGUCUCGAAGCGCAGAGGCCCGCGAUCUUGGAAAAGGUCGCGCCCGCGUCAUUUACAGAACGCGUCGCGCCGUCGGGGCUCUCCGUCGACACCGAGGGCAUGGCGCGCGUCGCCGGCGCGGGCGUCGGCGCGGCGGACG